AUGGCUGGAAUCUAUGAAGGAGAUCUAGUUGUCUAUAUUGUCGACAAUGAGUGUAACACCUUUGAAAAAUCUACCAUUGACCGACUCACUGGAGUGCUAACGACUUCUAUGACUGGCACUACCUCAGUAGCCUCUGGCAUUGCAUCAUCAGUUGGUCACUCCAGCAGCCUUAUUGUAGGGGAUGACGGCGAAGAUGCUGGAGCAGACAGUGAUGAUGAUGCUGACGAUGAAGGAGAGGAGAUGGAGCUUCCUGAUGCUACCGGCAGGAUUGGACCAGAUGUAGAGUUGAUCUUACUUGAUUUACAGGCUGAAGACAUUGACUUGGAUGUUGAGGACAUCAUCACGGAUAUGCACAGUUUGGUCAUUGAUGACCCAGCUGUUGGGGAAGACUUGGAGGGAGAGGACUUCACCGAACAGCUUGCUGACGUUUCAUCAGGCGAAGACUCAGAUGACCCAUCUGGACCAGCCCCAUCUGCGCAGCCUUUGACAGUAACUGCUACGACUGAGAUACUUCCCUCCAGCCAGAAAGAGAAACCAACUCAUGUUCCAUCUACCCGGUCUACCCGGUCAUCAACGGCCGCAGCAAAGGGUGAGGUUAGCCCUCCCAAGGCCAAACUAUCCACUCCGGCCCUCCCACAGCGACCUAAAUACGUUACGAAAUACACACCCUCCAUUCCAGUCCCUCCACCUUCCAACUGGUGCCAUCCAGAUGAUGAAGUGCUGAGGCUCCUCCAAUUCGGUAUUGACAUUCUUCGGAUUCCAGGAAGGACAAAAAAUCACCGAAUCUUCCCCCCUGGGGGUGCUGUGGGAGUCAUCGAGAGCUUUGGGCCGCAGUUUGACCCACAUGCAGCUCCAGCAGCCAAUAACCUCAACCACCAUGAGGUUCUUCAAAAGAUUGGUUGCGCUUACCUUGAAGACUACGACAUCAUUGUCUGCCGACAUUUCCAUGACGGAAAAUAUUGCGGAUAUGGAAUACCACUUGUUCAGCUGUCCAGCCAUUGCUACACAGUCGGCAAUGUCCCAUCAGCUCGUGCGCGGCAUUCUGUGGCAGUUUUUCAACAUUCCGGAGCAACCAAAUUUAAACCGACAAUUCAGAACGUUUAUGCUGACAUACUAAGGGUCUUUCCCAAUGUUAUCCUCACACAAGCCGAACUCCGUGCUAUUCGACCAUUAGCCAAUCAGCAGGGGCCGAUAAAACACAUUAGAGACGCAGUGGACGGCAAAAAAUGCAACCUAUGUGAAUAUACGUGGCUCCAGGGCAAUACUUCCCGUCAUUUUAGCCACCAUUGGCCAUUACAUGGUGAUCCUACACUCGCUACCCGUGUUGCAGAUCGAUGUGUUAGCGUCAAAGUUCAAGCAUUUGACCAUGAUCCUACCAGGCAUCUUUAUUUUCCAAUCGGAGAGGAGGAUGGCAAGGCCAGCCAGAAUCUUCAGAAGACUAGUGGCAAAUCUAUCUUAGCGAUGCAACUUCAACGAUUUAUACCAAUAGGCGCGCACACCUCAAAAUUGGUCAAAAAGGCAGUGCUGCCAUUUUUCGAGCACAUUGGCGCGCUAGGCCAUAUCUCACUGUAUCAGGCAUCAGCACUGCAUGACCUGGUCGCACUUCCUGCUAAAGGAGAAAAACACCUAAAAAAGCUCCAGAAGGCGAUUGUAUGUCGUAUUGGUGUUCUAUGUGACGAAGUUGCAUCGGCAAAUUUAGUCAACCGGAAGCUGCUGGUUAAGCCCAAAAGCGAGACGAAAUCAAUGCUAGACUUAUUCAAUGCCCCAAUGCUUCAGUCCACCCGCGUGGCUUACGCUGGUGAAGAAGUGCGACUCAUCUGCUUUAUUAUGAGAUGCAUAUCUCAGAAAGCAUAUAUUACCCUCCCUUUUGGACCUCAGCCUACUGGCAGGAAGCCUGUCUCCCAUAGUGGUGGCCAGUACCAUGUUUCCCUGACCGACUCCCAGCUGAAGGCAUUCGCCAUUCUUCAAGAUCAACUGGUAUCGCGAAAGACUGACAAUGAUGACCUUCUCAGCACUCUAAACGAUGUGCUAGAAACGUUGUAUAUGCCGUCAAACACCUUAGACAUGUUUCAAGACCGGUACAUCAACCCCGUGGCAGCGUUUGUGUGCCUGCGUGCUGUUCAUCCCGAAGGGGGAUUCAUAAAUCCAGAGCACAUCACGUACACCACAGUCCGCACGCAGUUCGAUAUCAGGCUCUUCAUCCUGGACUUUUUGCAAAGACAGUUCGCGGCCUAUAUCGUGGCAAUCGCCUCCGAGUCUGACGAUACCAUUGAGUCCAAUCAGCCUGCCAAGGGGCGCCGGUCAGGUAUCUUAAGGCGGGGGCUCAACAAUCCGGGGAAUGACUUUGAAGAAUAUUGUGAAAAGAUUAUUGAUGAAUGGGGAACUGAAAUGAAAAACACUCCUUUUGGCUUUGUGCGGGAGUGGGUCAAAUCCUUGAGCUGGAUUGUCCGCAAGACUCCAACUAAAGGAAUGGUCACAUGGCUGGAACGGGACGGCAUUCAAUCCGUCAGGCUUCUUAACUACACCGUUAACAUCGACCAGUACCGCUCUGCCGUCCAGUCAACCCUUAGAGACUGUCUUGCCCACAUUCAUUCCAAGGUUCUGUUCAACAUCUCCCUCCCCGACUUCAGCUUGCAGCUACCUGAUGACCAGCAGGAUGAGCUCACACGGGGCUAUGGACUUUUUUCAUUAUCCCUUGACUCCGACGAUUUGGGGGAUUCUGGCGCAGGAGCUGCAUCAUCAUCACUACUGCGUUCACUUUUAGAGCUUGGGACUCUGUGUCACUUGGAUGAGACUAGCCAAACAAUCAGCUGGGAUACCGUACUAUUGAACCAGUGGCUGGCCAAUGUGUGCAUGGCGUGGGAGUAUGUGUAUAUCCUCAUGCACCUCUUAGCUCUUCCGGCAAGAGGCGCCGAAGAAGAGCUGUGGCAACAUGCCAAUGGACCAGAGUCAGCAAGGCAUCUUUUUGUCUCACAUGCACUUCAGACGCUGGUAACCAAAAGUAAUUAUAACAAGACAUCCUCCAUCACCGGGAUCUACAAGACAAUCAUUCGGGUUAUUCCCUACCAGGUAGCUCAAGCCGUGACAAUUCUACUUGGGAGUGUACGCCCCAUUGAAUUGGUGGCCACCCUACAAUUCCAAUGCAGUUCGCCAAGCCGUGCUCAGGAGAUCGCAGACCUCUAUCGAACCCGCCUCUUCACGACAAUGGGGCAGCCAUGGAAUUCUGAACGCAUGUCUCUUAUGUUGCGAUCUUGGUUCAUGAAGCACUUAAAGGUCCCCUUCAGCAUGAGGCUACACCGUCAGUUCGCUAAAGCACUGCAGAGGAAGUUUCUAUCCUACCAGUCGAAGGACUCCGAUUCGCUGGCGGAGGCUGCCAAUCUGGCUAUGGGACAUACGCAGCACGUGGCAGAGUUCCAUUAUGGCAAAGAGACUCAGAAUAUGGCAGUCCCUUUAUCACUGCAGCAGAAGUUUGAGGUGGUGGGUAGCGAUUGGAUUGAGUGGCACGGCAUUCCUGCAACUAGAAUUAGCGCUGAAAAGAAGUAG